AUGAAGGAUUUGGGAGAGCUAAAGUUCUUUUUUGGUAUUGAAUUUGCAAGAUCACAUAAGGGAAUCCUCAUGAACCAAAGGAAGUAUGCAUUGGAACUCGUGUCAGAAUGUGGCCUAGGAGGAGCAAAGCCAAGCAUCUCCCCUUUGGACCAGAAUAUGAAACUUACUAGUGUGGAAUAUGACAAGCUUUUUGAUAAGCAAGGACAUGACACAGAGCUUGAAGACAUCAGACUGUAUCAGAGACUUAUAGGGAGACUCUUAUAUUUGGAAAUCACAAGGCGAGAUAUUUCAUAUGCAGUCCAAGUUCUCAGUCAGUUUAUGAAUGCACCACAACAGUCUCAUUAUGAUAUAGCAUUGAGGGUAGUGAAAUAUAUCAAGAACUGUCCAGGACAAGGUUUGUUGAUGAGUAGCAAACGGAGUAGGAAGGUGUCUACAUUUUGUGAUGUAGACUGGGCAUCCUGCUCAGUGACUAGGAAGUCUGUUACAGGCUUUUGCAUAAAACUUGGAGACUCCAUGAUUUCUUGGAAAUCCAAGAAACAGAGCACAGUUUCAAGAAUUUCAGCAGAGGUCGAGUAUAGAAGCAUGGCAAACAUUGUAGCUGAGUUAACUUGGAUUAAUGGACUACUGGAAGAAUUAGGAAUGCAAGUUGAUCUGCCUAUGGAGUUGUACUGUGAUAACAAAGCAGCUAUACAGAUUGCUUCAAAUCCAAUGUAUCAUGAGCGCACAAAGCACAUAAAGAUUAACUGUCACUUCAUUAGAGAAAAACUAUAA